AUGGCCCACAGCCACCCCGUGUCCCUGCACAGCUGCCACCAGCUGACCCUCCGUCGCCUGUUCUCGGCCUUUAAGUCACCCUUCCUCACUGCCAUUGAGUCAGUGCCCACCCAUAGGCUACAUGAGUAUGAACUGACCUUUGACACCCAAGGAGGCCUUGGGAGACCACCAGGCUCUGCCCUAACACCGUGUCCCCGUCUCUCCACAGCCACCCUGCCCUGCAAGAUCCUCAAGUGUAACUCUGACUUCUGGAGAGCCACGUCGGGGGGCCACACGGAAGACACCCCCGAGGUCUGCAGCGCCCUGCGCGCCUACGCCUACUGCACACGGCGCACGGCCCGCACCUGCCGGGGCGACCUGGCCUACCACUCGGCGGUCCAUGGCAUCGAGGACCUCAUGAGCCAGCACAACUGCUCCAAGGAUGGCCCCACCUCCCAGCCUCGCCUGCGCACUCUGCCACCGGCGGGGGACAGCCAGGAGCGCUCGGACAGCCCGGAGAUUUGCCACUACGAGAAGAGCUUCCACAAGCCCUCAGCCGCCCCCAACUACACACACUGCGGCCUCUUCGGGGACCCACACCUCAGGACUUUCACAGACCGCUUCCAGACCUGCAAGGUGCAGGGCGCCUGGCCACUCAUCGACAACAACUACCUGAAUGUGCAGGUCACCAACACACCUGUGCUGCCCGGCUCUGCCGCCACAGCCACCAGCAAGCUCACCAUCAUCUUCAAGAACUUCCAGGAGUGCGUGGACCAGAAAGUGUACCAGGCCGAGAUGGACGAGCUACCAGCUGCCUUCGCCGACGGCUCCAAGAAUGGCGGGGACAAGCACGGGGCGAACAGCCUGAAGAUCACCGAGAAGGUGUCGGGACAGCACGUGGAGAUCCAGGCCAGGUACAUCGGCACCACCAUCGUGGUGCGCCAGGUCGGCCGCUACCUGACCUUCGCCAUCCGCAUGCCGGAGGAGGUGGUCAAUGCCGUGGACGACCGGGACAGCCAGGGCCUCUACCUUUGCCUGCGCGGCUGCCCCCUCAACCAGCAGAUAGAGUUCCAGGCCGUGCAUGGUGUCCCCAUGGAGGGCCAGGGCGCCCGCAAGCCAGCGGCCUCCAGCCCCGUGCCCACAGCCCCGGAGACCUUCCCCUACGAGACGGCCGUGGCCAAGUGCAAGGAGAAGCUGCCCGUGGAGGACCUCUACUACCAGGCCUGCGUGUUUGACCUGCUCACCACGGGUGACGUGAACUUCACGCUGGCCGCCUACUACGCUCUGGAGGAUGUCAAGAUGCUGCACUCUAACAAAGACAAGCUGCACCUCUACCAGAGGACUCGGGAGUUCCCGGGGCAGGCCGCUGCCGCCCCCCGGCUCCAGCCUCCCUGGGCCCUCCUCGGCGCCCUCCUCCUCCUCCUGCUUGGCCCGGCCCGUGGGUUCUGGUAGGACAGAGCCAUCUGUCCCGGGUGUGCAGGCCCCUGCGCCCUGGUUUCUCCUCCGGGGUGCCAGUGCAGUCGGCCACCAUUCCCUGCAGCCUGCACUGUCCACAGGAGGUGGCCACGAAACUAGUGGGCUUGUGGGACAGUUACCUCAGAGCUGCCGUGGCCCACCGCCCACCAGCAAGGGCUGGGGGGCAUCGGAUGUUCCCUCCGCUCCUGCCCCUCGUGCACGUGACAAGGUUGUGGUGACUGGUGCUGUGAUGUUUGUGACAGUAGAGUCGUGCGAGAGGGAGAGCAGCUCCCCUCCGCCCCCACCCCGCAGUGUGAAUGUGUAAAGCAGAGCCCCCCAGGCCGAACCCUUCCCCACUGCCAGGGAGACAGACACUGGGACCCCUCGGAGUCCGGCCCCCGCCCCCUGAGAUGCACUGAAACGGGCAGGGCCUCCUGCCACAGGCUGGCAAGGGUGGGGGGCUGCCCGUGCCACACGCCCCGCACAUGCGCACACCCCCCCACAGGCCCGCCCCGCCCCACCCGGGGCGCUGAGGAGCAGAGGCAUCAGUGAGCACUCACCCCAGGCAGGGUGCCAGGGCGCCCCUCAGCCCCAUUAGGAAAUUGAUGGGAUCUGUUGGCCAUGGGCUGGCACUUCCUGCCCUACACCACCCUGAUGACCAGAGGAGCUGGCCCAGGGACUGUAACUGCACCUGCCCUCCCCCUUUCCCCACCCCCCAAUCCCUGUGUGCAUAGGAAGCUUAGCUGGGCCUCGGUCUCAAGUUUCUGAGCAGACAAGGGACCCCGCUGACCAGGUUCCACCCGCCAGCAGAGCCCCUGGGCAAGGUGUGAGCAGAGACGGUGGACAGGGCCAGCUGGCCUGCCCUGGCCUUCUGCUCCCUCCACACCUGCCGGGCACAGCCUGGCCUACCACCUGUCCAGGGAGGGGAGCAGGGUCCCGUCCCUUCAAAGAAAGUAGUCCCGUCCCUUAAGCCCAGGAGAGAUGUGCCACCGCGAGUCUGGCCCUGCUGCUGUCUGAGAGCCCGGGGCCAACGUGGGCCUGGGCUCCCCCCAGAAGACCGUCAUCAUGGACGCCCUGCAGCCCCACACUGACCACCUGCCCACCCUCGUCCCGGGCACCCCCUCUCCUGAUUCCCAGGGACCUCUCAUACACUGGCCCCGGAGGCUGCUGAACUGGCGUCUCCCCACCCCCCUCCGAGAGGUCCUGUUCUCUGCCAAAACAGCGGGGUAGGCGAGGAGGGGCCCCAGCCGGGCCCUUCCUGCUGUUGGUUAGCUGGCCCCUGUGUUGGAAGUGAAAGUAAAGCACUUUAUUUUGGUUGUGUUUGAUCGCGUUCUGCUUGGAAGUGAGCCCCCUCACUGUGUCCCCGCGUCUGUAACCCGCGUGGAGCAUCACUGCAUGUACAUACUGUAAAUUAUUUAUUAACAGCUAAGAUGCGAGUAAAGUUUGGUUUUUUUUGUUUUGUUA